CUGUGUGUCUCGCAGUUUGUCAGGCGGAGGGGAACUUCACAGCGGCUACGGGUGUGGCUUUAAAUGUAAUAAAUCUCAACGCUGGGGAAAGAAUGCAUGACCGCAAUAAAGAUUAAAAAACAGACAUCUCAAACAGCAACGAGAGACGUUCACGUCAGCCUGUGACGUGUGAGCCCGGUAGCUCUACGGGGGACAAAUCCGUGAGCUCGCUUUUCAACAGCUGGAAUACUUUUUCUUUUUUUUUGAUAACUUCGUGGCCCGUUUUUCGCGAGUUCAGUUUGCUCCAAUGGUUCCUCCUAAGGAACUAUAGCUAGAAGUCUGUGUGUCUCUGAACAACUUGUCGAUUCCCUUGAAGAAACCACCAAUGCUGCUGACUAACUGAACAGCCUGCGAGUCUUCGGGAAUUUCAUACGUGAGGAAAAACCAAGUUCACUUCAGGAGGAAAUCGUUUGUCGCCACUCGUCAGAAAAGGGACGUCGCCUCGCUCAACUUGGACUCUUAUUUUUUUAAUAAGGGUCUUUUUUUGGCACUUUACCGUCAUUUUUUUCCCAGGUAAUAUUCCCCCACUCAGCAGCAGUCCUGAAGCGCGCACUAGGAACCAUGGGGUGUACGGUUAGUCAGGAAGAUAAAGCGGCGGCCGAGCGCUCCAAAAUGAUUGACAAAAACCUGCGAGAAGAUGGAGAGAAAGCAGCAAGAGAAGUGAAACUGCUGCUACUGGGUGCUGGAGAGUCGGGGAAGAGCACCAUUGUGAAGCAGAUGAAGAUUAUCCACGAGGAUGGAUACUCAGAAGAUGAGUGUAAGCAGUACAGAGCGGUCGUCUACAGCAACACCAUCCAGUCCAUCAUGGCCAUCAUCAAAGCCAUGGCCAACCUGAAGAUCGACUAUGAGGAAGCUACUAGAGCGGAUGAUGCCCGCCAACUGUUUGCCUUGUCUGCAGCUGCAGAAGAGCAGGGCAUCCUUCCAGAAGACCUGUCCAACGUGAUCCACCGACUGUGGGCCGACGGUGGAGUCCAGAGCUGCUUCACGCGGGCCCGAGAGUACCAGCUCAAUGACUCAGCUGCUUACUACCUGAAUGACCUGGAGAGGAUAGCCAAGUCUGAUUACAUCCCCACACAGCAGGACGUGUUGCGGACCCGAGUGAAGACCACAGGCAUUGUGGAGACACAUUUCACCUUCAAGGACCUGCAUUUCAAGAUGUUUGAUGUUGGAGGCCAGCGCUCGGAGAGGAAGAAGUGGAUCCACUGCUUUGAGGGAGUCACAGCCAUCAUCUUCUGUGUGGCCAUGAGCGCUUACGACCUGGUGCUGGCCGAGGAUGAGGAGAUGAACCGAAUGCACGAGAGCAUGAAGCUGUUUGACUCCAUCUGCAACAAUAAGUGGUUCACAGAGACGUCCAUCAUUCUCUUCCUCAACAAGAAGGACCUGUUUGAGGAGAAGAUUGCCCACAGCCCUCUGACCAUCUGCUUCCCCGAGUACACAGGCCCCAACAAGUACGAGGAGGCUCAGGCUUACAUCCAGACCAAAUUUGAGGACCUGAACAAGAAGAAGGACACCAAGGAGAUAUACACUCACUUCACCUGCGCCACCGACACAAAGAACGUGCAGUUUGUGUUCGACGCCGUCACUGAUGUCAUCAUCAAAAACAACCUGAAGGACUGUGGCCUCUUCUAAAGAAACAUGUUGGAGAGGGUCAAGAUUACUUGAACAGCUCUGGUGACCACAGCGAGAGGACAUACACACAUCAUGAAUGACUGCACUGGCCCACCACCAUAUCUGCUUUGAUCUGCUUUUUAUAAAGACACCUAAGAGACUGAAAACCUGACGAGCCUUGUGGAAUUUCAAAGAUUGCUGAUCCAGUCACUCGUAUUGUUAACUCUUUGGGCUAUUACCACAAAAAUCAACCUUUGUUAUUGUAUUUCUCUUUUUUUGUCUUUCUUUUCAAUGACAGCCGUAGAGGAUUCAGAGGAAAUGUUUUUUUAUAUAUAAAUGCAUUCAUUUUACUUUUAGAAAUUCUGAUGUUCAAAUGAAACUUUUAAUCACAUGAAGCUUAUUUUUUAAGAGCAAAAGGCACAGGAGUAGACUUAAAUAUGAUCGAUGAAAGGAAAGUGCUUUUUUUUUUUAAAUAAUGUUUACAUAAGUUCAUUAUUCAUAGCCAAACUGUAUUAUGUUCUGCACAUCUCAACUUGGCAAAUAUUAGCUCUGUAAUCCACACAAAUGAUCUAACAUUCCUACAAAAUGAAAAUAAAAACUAAUAAAAGAAAAAAAAAGAGACAAAAAAAAGCUUGAGAUGCUGGGGGAAAUUCUGUCAAAUUCUAACUGAUAUUUAAAGUAUGUGUUACCUAACAUCCUGUCACUUUUUAUAGUACUAUUUCCAUGUCUGUUGCAGUAUGUUGUGCCUUGACUUUUGUUUACAAUCAAUUCCUAGAUAUGCUUUCCUUACUGUUUGACCUACUUUGCGCCUAUAUAUUUCUUCCAUUUUUUUUCCUGCCUAGCACCUAUGAAUAUAUAGUUAUGAUUAAUGAGAGACAAAAAUCUAAUUCAGAAAAAAAGGUUAGUGUUUUGGUAAAUAUUAAAAUGCUUUAAAGUCCUUUAUGAUUUAAUUUAAAUAAAAGUAGAGAUCACCUGAC